AUGGGUCGUCUUCAUCCCAAGGCUCAUUUCCUCGAUCUCUCCCUCGCCCACCACACCCCCUCCGGACAUUCGCGAGGCCUGUCCACUUCCACCACCACCUCCUCCACCACCACCACCACCACCACGACCGUCAUCACCGCCACGCCUGCUUCUUUCUUCGCCGGAGCUUCGAGAGCGGCAGAGGUGGUGCCUCUGCGCCUUGCGCCGAGAGAAGAGAGCACGCGGGUACAGCUCCAGAAACAACGUCUGCGCGACCAGCAUGCCAAACAGCUCGUGAGCACCACCACCAUCCCCGGAUUCAAGACCUCGGCUGGUAAGUGUCAAGUCACGACGGGCAACGCGCGAUGCAUGCGAGAGCGCGGCGCAGAUCCAUCACGCCAGAGGCGUUUCCCGCGCUCUUCGUCGCCAAGUUAUGCCCCAAGUUCAUCCCCCCAAUGCGCCCGCGUGUUCAGCCUCAAUUCAUCUAUCGUACAUAUGGCUGAGCGGUACUGCACGCGAGCACGUGGGUAACCUUGCCUUGCCAUUCACUGUGGAGAGAGUGGGAGAAGAAAAAAUUUAGUUGUGUAAGAGGGGAAAGGGCUGACGUUCUUCAUGUCUGGUGUUCUAGCCUUCUUCGCUUCCCUCCGUACGAAUCUUCGCCUGCACGCCUCGCCUCCUCCCAGUCCCCUUUCGACCCCGAAUUCCAUGCGUGGAUCCGCCGCAUCCCUGCCGCCACCCUCACCCCUCUCCGUGCCCAUCAUGUCGGAGAAUGAGAACAACGACGUCCCCCCGACGUCUGCGAGCGAGGACCCUCUCGCCGGCGUCCCCGAACUGCAAACCUACGUGGCCAAGGAACCGCUCGAGCGCGUCGACGCCCUCAAACUGGUCGCGGAUAGUGUCGCGCAACAGAAGAAUGCCGCCAACCGGGCGCUGCUCUUCCACCCGUUGAAUCUGGGCACCCUCAUCUCCAUCAUGGCCGUCGUGGUCCGAGUCAUGCUGGAUAGGAGAUACGAUCUGCUCGCGGCAGGCAUGACAUGCCUGGGCAUCACGAUGAUCGGGUUCGUCGGCUGUCGCUACCUGACGGGCCCAUACCUCGCGGCGGCAGAACGGAUCAACUGGGAAUGGACGGGGGAUGUGGAUGUCCUGAUGACGAGAUUCGGAGACGAAGUGAUCGGGACGGUCUUGUUAGCGUGGGAAUCGGGCGACAGCAAGAGGAAGGGAAAGAAAGCCUGGCGGGGGGUGAUCAAGGGCUGGACGGUCAAGUUGCGCUAUCGACAUAAAGGCGUGGGCACCGGGCUUCUGGAAGAAGCGGUGAAGGAGGCGAAGAAGAAGGGCGCGGAGAGUCUGGAAUUCGACGAGGAGCAUGCCAGUGAGUCUUUCUCCUAUACUAUACAUACAUGGCAAAUUGGGAGCUGGACUCGGGAAUCCUGACUGACGGAUUUGCAGAUUCCGUGCGGAUUUUACCGAAUCUCUACAAUGGAAGCUUCGACCGGAGCGAGCGCAUGGCGCGGGAGAAAUUGCAGGCGCUGCUCGAGAGCAGUCCGGUGAAAGGGAAGAGGAAGUGA